CGGGUGGGCGGAAGCGCGGCGCCCACGUGGUUCCUGCAGGGACCGGGCGGAACCGGGGGUCGGACGGGACCGAACCGAGCGGGGCCGGGCCGAGCGACACCGGGAUCGGGGCCGAUCCGGGCCGGUGCCGGCCGCCAUGGACCCGCUGCGGGCACAGCAGCUGGCGGCCGAGCUGGAGGUUGAGAUGAUGGCCGACAUGUACAACCGGAUGACCCAGGCGUGCCACCGCAAGUGCGUCCCGCCGCUGUACAAGGAGUCGGAGCUGUCCAAGGGGGAGUGCGUGUGCCUGGACCGGUGCGUGGCCAAGUACCUGGAGGUGCACGAGCGGAUGGGCAAGAAGCUGACGGAGCUGUCGCUGCAGGACGAGGAGCUGCUCAAGCGGAUGCAGCAGGGCAGCGGCAGUGCCUGAGCCCCCCGACCUGCACCCCAAUAAACCGGGGGCGCUGGGCCCCCUCGCCCCCCAAACCCA